AGCCAAGACCCAGAACCUACCAGAAAGAAAGAAGAGCAGGAAAUAAAGAAAGUUAAGAGCAAAGAUGGUUCUGCUAGAGAAGCUUUGGGAUGAUGUAGUAGCUGGACCUCAGCCUGAACGUGGUCUCGGCAAGCUCAGAAAGGUCACCCCUAAGCCCUUGAACAUCAAAGAUGAGGGAGAGUCGAGCAAGAUCACGAUGCCGACGACGCCGACGACGCCGGUGACCCCAACAACACCGGUUUCGGCGCGCAAGGACAACAUUUGGAGGAGUGUGUUCCACCCAGGUAGCAACCUUGCGACCAAAACGAUGGGAAACCAGGUGUUUGAUAGCCCGCAGCCAAACUCUCCCACUGUCUAUGACUGGAUGUACAGUGGGGAGACGAGGAGCAAGCAUCAUCGUUAAGGUGACAAGUGAAAACUGAUGAGGAGCUACCUGGGGUUGAAUGUAAAUAGUGUCGUUUUCCUUUCAGUGUUUGCCACGUGCCUUCUCGUUGUGUUGGUUUCGAUGGAAUUUUGUGAUUAGGGUUCGUCGUUUUUAAUUUCCAAGGUACCUAAAUAGGCUUUGGCUUUGUGUUAAGCUCACUGUCUAAUUAAGAUUAUGUAGCUGUUGUAGCUGAACUACUCCGCUACUUUUACGCUGCCACGGGUAAUUGGUCUUUUGCAAAAGCCAGAGUUACCGUGGUUGGUGGUGAUGGAUUUAGUAAUAUCGUUUAUUAAAUAAAUAAAUGUCUUUUUGUAUUCA